AUGGAGAUUGAGUACCCAAAAUAUGAUGCUCUUUUGUUUGAUCUUGAUGAUACCCUUUAUCCACUAAGCUCUGGGAUUGCUAGAGAAUGUGGACAGAACAUUAAAGAUUACAUGGUAGAGAAGCUUGGAAUCGAUAAGAGUAAGAUCCUGGAGUUGUCUAAUUCACUUUACAAGAAUUAUGGAACUACCAUGGCCGGUCUCCGAGCUAUAGGUUAUAACUUUGACUACGACGAUUUCAUACAUGGAAGAUUACCUUAUGAGAACAUCAAGCCAGAUCCCAUUUUGAGAAGUCUUUUACUUAGCCUACCUCUUCGCAAGAUCAUCUUCACGAACGCUGAUAAGUUACACGCAGCUAGAGCCCUAGAGAAGCUAGGGUUAGAAGACUGUUUCCAAGGAAUAGUUUGCUUCGAAUCAUUGAAUACUACUAACCGCGACAACAAUAAUGAUUAUAACAAUGAGAUCUUCGACAUAAUCGGAUACUUAUCCGAUCAUAAAAAUCCAGUUUCCGCUUUACCUAAGACACCAAUUGUCUGUAAACCAUCUGAAAACGCCAUAGUAAAGGCUCUUGAAAUCGCUGACAUCGAUCCUCAAAGAACCUUGUUCUUUGAUGAUAGUGUUCGAAACACUCAAGCUGGUAAACACAUUGGUCUGAGUACUGUUCUGGUCGGGACUUCACAGAAAGUGAAGUUUGCAGAUUAUGCUUUAGAGAACAUUCAUAAUUUGAAGGAGGCUUUACCGGAGCUCUGGGAAUCCGAGGCUAAGCCUGAAAAAGUUAGAUAUUCCGGCAAACUCGCCGUUGAAACUCCGGUGAUAGCCUAA